UACAUGCCUCCAAAGGUAUUGCUAAAGAAAGCAGAUUUCAGCUUGACAUCUAUUCAAACAUAUAUAGUAAUGUUUUUAAUUAACUAAGAUCUUGCAGUUUUUAGUAGAUAAUCAUUAUAAGACUUGUCAAGAAAUCAGUUCGGAAACAUAUAUACAGUAAUUGUCAAUUUCAUAAGUAUAAUGAUUAAUCACAAAGUGAUCAAUUUCAGAGAAGGAGGAGUCAUUUAUAUUGAUUAGUCUAAAAAGGAAAACUUCUCAACCCGAUACUUUUAUUCUGGUGUUAAUUGUGAAAUAUUUUGGUAGGAGUGAGGAUAUAGAUUUUUGUCGUCCUGUAUGGAUUAUUACUGUGUGAAGUUUAUGUAACGAUUUCUAUGAUGUAUUUGUAGAUGGUGGGUAGUUCUCUUAUCAUGGAUUGUACUGGUUAAGGAUUAGGUAGUUAGGAGUUUGUGUUUGAUUGUCCUGGCUAAAAGAGGCUAACACUAAAGCAAAUCUGGUAACCUUAGAUUGCUGUCUUAUAGAAGAAAUUGAAUGGGAUAAAAUAUUUAGAAUCAAAUAUCAAAAGGAUCAUUGUACAAACUGCACAUUUAUUGGUCAAAGAAUUAAGAACUCACAUUGAAGGAGUAGAUACUAGUUCUUGAAGAAGAUAUCAGUAUUUGUGUGACCUAAAAAGAAGUGCAGAUUACUGAAUCAUUAAGAAUGGCUGUUAAUAUUCCUGGAUUGAUCUCUGUCAUUCUUUUCUAUGUCCUUAUUCUACUUGUGGGAUUAUGGGCAGCGAGGAAAAAGAAGAAAACUUCAGGGGAGAACACUCUGGAGAGUGAAGAUGUCAUGUUGGCUGGCAGAAAUAUUGGUUUACUUGUGGGAUCUUUUACAAUGACAGCAACAUGGGUGGGAGGAGGAUUUAUAAAUGGCACAGCGGAAGUAAUUUAUCAGAGUGGAUUUGUCUGGUGUCAAGCACCAUUUGGAUAUGCUCUCAGUCUUGUAUUUGGUGGUUUAUUCUUUGCCAAAAAAAUGAGAAAUGAAGGAUAUGUAACCAUGUUAGAUCCAUUCCAACAAAAGUAUGGUGAGAGGAUGGGAGGAUUAUUGUACCUGCCAGCAUUGUUAGGAGAGGUCUUCUGGUCUGCUGCUAUAUUAGGAGCAUUAGGAGCCACAUUAUCUGUGAUCAUAGAUCUGGACACCAAAUCCUCCAUUGUGAUCUCAUCAUGUAUAGCUAUAUUUUAUACAUUGUUUGGAGGCCUUUACUCUGUGGCCUAUACAGAUGUAGUCCAACUUUUCUGUAUAUUUAUUGGACUUUGGUUAACAAUUCCAUUUGCUAUGGCAAACGAAGCUACCACUAACAUUGGUUUUAAUGCAACAACAAAGUGGGUGAAAGACUUGGAUCCAAAGUACACUGGCAGCUAUAUAGACAGUUAUUUGUUGUUGAUAUUUGGUGGUAUACCUUGGCAGGUAUAUUUCCAGAGAGUUUUAUCAGCAAAGACUGCUGCCAAUGCCCAGAUUCUAUCCUUUGUUGCUGCUGUAGGAUGUAUCGUCAUGGCGUUACCAGCAGUAUUGAUUGGUGCUAUAGCAACAAAUACAGACUGGAAUAUGACAGAUUAUGUACAGGUUGAAGGACACAGUCCAGUGUUUAAGGACGAUGAGGUUAAGUUAAUUCUACCAUUAGUAUUGCAAUACCUGUGUCCAGUGUGGGUAUCAUUCUUUGGUUUGGGAGCUGUGUCUGCUGCAGUUAUGUCCUCUGCUGAUUCUUCCAUUCUGUCUGCUAGUGCCAUGUUUGCCAGGAACAUUUACAAGUGUGUGUUCAGACAAAAGGCAUCAGAGAGAGAGAUAAUAUGGGUAAUGAGAUUUGGAAUAUUUGGUGUUGGUGCUUUGGCCACGGCUAUGGCAAUCGAGGUAGAUUCUAUCUACGACCUAUGGUUUCUGUGUUCAGACUUAGUCUAUGUUAUAUUGUUUCCACAGUUAGUAUCAGUGGUAUAUCUGAAAGGAACUAACACCUAUGGAUCACUUGCUGGAUUUAUCCUAGGAUUAUUUUUCCGUAUCGCUGGAGGUGAAGAAAGUAUGAAUAUUUCUCCAAUAAUAAAAUACCCUUGGUACGAUGAAGCGGAAAAAAUGCAGUUAUUUCCCUUCAAAACUUUAAGUAUGAUCAUGUCGUUUGUGUCUAUUAUAGCAGUAUCAUAUCCUCUUAAAUAUUUAUUUGAGAGUGGAAUGAUACAUCGUCGCUUUGAUGUAUUUAUGUGUAUUGUAAAUACUCCAGAAGAAACAUUAUCAUUAGCCAAUAAAGGACCUUCAGAAUUAACUGCCAUUACACCAACAAUAGAAAGUCGUGGACAAAUAAAUCCAGCACUUAAGAUCUCGAGAGAGGAUUUACAUAGAGUAAAUGGAACAUUAUCUGCUGAUGAAAGAUCUCUAUUACAUCCUAAAACUGAACAAGCAGAUGAGGAUUAAAGGGAGACAAAUAGGAUGAUUAAAGGGAGACAAAUAGAUAUUCCAAUUUAUAUUAUUCAACCCAUCUUUUAAAGAUAUUAAAACUCAGUACUUAAAAACGAAGAUAUUUCAACUUUAGAGUAAUUUACUACCAGACUGGUACAUCUCAUUGAAGUGGUUCAGAUUACGUUUUAUGCCCUGAUCUGGGCUCCACUUAAAAUAUGUGAACCCUCUCUAUAGCUAGUUGUCAAUUUGUCUGUCUGUCCAUCACUAUUUUAUGUGAGCAUAAUCAUACUUUUUGUAUUACUCUUUUGUAUAAUGCCAAAAGAAUAUGUCCA